GUUUGAAUGUGGAUGUUGUGAUUACCCCAGAGUGAAUUAGUCAGCGCAGUGCAGUGAAAACGAUCAACCACCAAUCCAAUCCGGCGGGACCCUUUAUAUGGAUCAGUAAUCAAUAUUCACGAUGAAUAACAAUGAAACCAAGCCAUCCAUCAUCGACAUAGAGAAGGGACGGGUGGAAAAUGACCCUCCCAGCGGCAAGCAGCAGCAGUACAACAUCUCGUCGACGUCAUCAAGUGCGGUUCCAGCAACCGACGAAAGCCCCAACGCGAGCAGUUCACGCUCGACCAGUGAACGGGUCGGAUUAGUCUUCCUGUACGCGAUUCAGUUUGUCGGUUUCGGUGCUUCGAUCGCGGGAAUCGUCCUCGUUUGGUACUACAUGGGUUGGGAGUUUGGAUUGCCGGCGGUUCUGAUCGCCCUGCUGGCCGUGCUGAUAGCCAGCGGGAAAUGGCGCUGGUUCUACAUUGCCGCCGUGACGGCUCCCCGAGACGUUAAAGCUCUGACCCGGUACAUCAAACUGUUGAUCCUGGUGAAAAAGUACAACCGUCAGAAUGCUACCAUCGCAGACAUCUUUGCCGAGUACGUUGCCAAGCAACCGGAAAAGGCGUGCUUGGUCUAUGAAGGCCGCGAGUGGUCUUUCAAAGAGGUCAACGACUACUCGAACCGUGUGGCAAAUGUGUUCCACACUCAUGGCUACAAACACGGAGACGUGGUGGGUCUCCUGCUGGAAAAUCGCCCCGAAUUCGUAGCAACGUGGUUAGGUCUGUCCAAGCUGGGCAUCAUCAUCCCAUUGAUCAAUCACAAUCUACGAAAGAACGCACUGGUGCACAGUAUCACCGUAGCCAAGUGCAACGCACUGAUCUUCGGUGAAUCGCUGCGUGAAGCCGUGUCGGAAAUUACUGAAUCACUGCCUUCAUCGUUGGCGCUGUAUCAGUUCAACGACACCACUCAGCAAUCUGUGUUGGCGAACGCCAAGGAUCUUACCACCCUGAUGCAGGAUGCUUCCAAGGAGCUACCGACGGUAAAUGUCAAGAAGGCCGACCACCACGAUCAGCUGCUGUACAUUUACACUUCGGGAACCACCGGACUGCCGAAGGCAGCCGUCAUCACACAUUCCAGAUUUUUUUUCAUCACGGCAGCUAUCCACUUGGUGGCCGGUUUCCGACACGACGAUAUAUUCUACACUCCACUGCCACUGUAUCACACGGCCGGCGGUAUGAUGAGCAUUGGGCAAGCGUUGCUAUUCGGUGCUACCGUAGUUAUCCGCAAGAAGUUCUCCGCUUCGCAGUACUUUUCCGAUUGCCAGAAGUACAACUGCACGGUUGGACAGUACAUCGGGGAGAUGUGUCGGUAUAUUUUGGCCACUCCGUCCUCCGCUACCGAUAAGGCGCACAAGGUUCGACUGAUCUUCGGAAAUGGGUUGCGUCCACAGAUAUGGCCGCAGUUCGUCGAGCGGUUCACCAUUCCAAGAGUCGCAGAAUUCUACGGUGCUACCGAAGGCAAUGCCAAUAUUGUCAAUCUGGACAACACGGUGGGUGCCAUCGGCUUCGUUUCCCGUAUCAUCCCUUCGGUGUACCCUAUUUCGAUCAUACGGGCGGAUCCGGCCUCGGGAGAACCCAUCCGGGGUAAAAAUGGUUUAUGUCAGCUAUGCGAACCAAACGAGCCGGGAGUGUUUAUCGGUAAGAUCCUGCCGAACAAUCCGAGCCGGGCGUUCCUGGGAUACGUGGACAAGAGUGCAUCGGAGAAAAAGAUCGUUCGGGAUAUCUUCAAAAAGGGUGACGCUGCGUUUCUGUCGGGUGAUUUGCUGGUGGCUGACGAGCGGGGUAACUUGUUCUUCAAGGAUCGAACGGGAGACACCUUCCGAUGGAAGGGUGAGAACGUAUCCACUAGUGAGGUGGAAGCUGAAGUCAGUAAUGCUUCCGGCUAUCGGGAUACGGUGGUGUACGGUGUUGAAAUCCCCAACAUGGAGGGACGCGCUGGAAUGGCUGCCGUUUUGGACCCGGACCGCCAGGUGGACUUGGUUAAACUAGCUGAGACCCUGAAGGAGACUCUUCCUUCCUACGCGAGACCGAUGUUUGUGCGUCUGCUAACCAAAGUGGACAUGACUGGAACCUUCAAGCUGAAGAAACUCGAUCUCCAAAAAGAAGAAUUCGAUCCUAACAUAAUCGACGAUGCUAUUUUCUACCUAUCACCCAAGGGCAGCUACGAAAGCCUAACGCAGGAAGUCUUCGAGCAAAUCAAACGAGGCGAAAUUAGGUUCUAAGGAAAAUAAGAUAGGAUUCAGUUUACGCCAACUCCAUCCCUUCCCGUGCCGGAUCAAGAUGCUCAACAGUCAAGCCUCAGUGCAUUGUUUUAGUUUUCAGUCCUUGGAUCCCUGUCCAUUUCCCCUUCCCAUCAGAAUAAGUAACUGUGAUAUCGAGUGAAAGUGAAGAAGGGCUCUGCUAACCUGGCCUGAGGCGUCCCACGACGGUACUGAUCGAACUGAGUAAAUAGGCUUUGCAUGGGCACUGGUACUGGUUUGAGGAAUACAUUUUCUUCUGCAAAUCCUAUAGCGCCAAUGACGUAUACAUUUUUUUUUAUCGCAGAUAAGCUUUUUUUACAAGUAUAGAAAAGUAUGUUUUUGUUAUAAUUUUCACUAUUUUUGUGUUACAAUUUUUGUUGUAAAUACACGCAAAAGCGAAAGGAACUUAAUAACGGUGCAGUUGUAGUGACAGCAGAGGGCGGAUGUGUUAAUUUAGUUUGUUUUCCUGUGCUUAUAGGUAUGUAUUUAUAGUUAGGUGACUUUUUUUUUUGCAUUUAAGCAGAAUGAAUGAAAGUAGAACAAUGAGAUAUUAAAGACAACAUUUAACUAGGUGUAACAUGUGGAAUAAAAUGGUUAUGUACUU